UGUGUGUGUGUGUCUGUGUGUGUGUGUGUGUUAGAAGGCAAUCAGCUGAUUGGACCACACACGUUGGAGGGCGGAGCCAUGAUGGGCAAGGAUUACAUGUUGGCAAUCCUCAUAGUCAACUACGACGACAACAUCUGGACAGACCAGAACCUGCUGCUGGAUCCGGACCUUCCCUCUGGCUGGAGAACCAUCAAAGACUCAACAGGAACCUACUACUGGCACGUUCCCACCGGCGCCACCCAGUGGCAACACCCCCGCCUCAGCAGCACGCCACAGCUGUCCGACACACAGCAGGAGGAGGCUGGACAGCAGAGCUCCAACAGUGAGACAGAUGGACCACCUGAGGCCAGGUCUUCAUGGCACGAAGAUUAUCUCUCCAACCACGACCCGAACUCCAAGUGUUUUGUGGUGCGUUCUCUGGGCUGGCUGGAGGUGGAGGAGGAGGACUUGUCUCCUGGUCGCAGCAGUCUUGCUGUCAGUAAUGUUAUCCAGCAGCUGUCUCACUGCAGCAGCCCUGAACAGAGAGACAGGCCAGGGGCCUGGGGGGAGGGUCGGGAGAUGAUGCUGGUUCUGAAGAAAGACACUCUGACCCUGCUGGACCCUUUAGACCACACCCCACUGCACUGUCAACCAAUCAUCAACAUCCGUGUCUGGGGGGUGGGCUGUAACAACGGCAGGGACAGGGACUUUGCCUUCGUGGCCGGCGAUAAGGACAGCUGCGUGCUGAAGUGUCACGUGUUUCGCUGCGACGCUCCGGCUAAAGCCAUUGCCACGGCGCUGCACGAGAUGUGCUCCAAGAUGAUGUCAGAGAAGACGCUGAUGAGGCCGUCUCGCUCUUUGACCAUGGAGAGCAUCUCACCUGAGGACCUGCCCAGACAAGUCGAGUUUCUGGAGGCGGUUCGUCAGCAGGUUCAGAAGUUCCAUGUCCAGUACAUCGGUAACCUGCCGGUGUCUCGAGCAAUGGGUAUGGAGGUAUUGAACCGAGCCAUAGAAAGCAUCAUGAACUCCACAGACAGUGACGAGUGGGAGCCAACCGUCAUCCACGUCACCGAUAACGUCCUGUCUCUGUGGAAGGGACAGGAAGGGGAGGAGCCUUUCUGGGAGUGUCAGGUGCGUUUCCUCACCUUUUUGGGCGUCGGCCACGACAGCCACACCUUCGCUGUGAUCGUAGACGGCGGCACGCAGCGAUUUGAGUGUCACGUGUUCUGGUGCGAGCCGGACGCAGGAAACCUCUCUGAGGCCGUUCAGGCUGCGUGCAUGGUCCAGUAUCAGAAGUGUCUGGUGGCUCAGACUCCUCCUCCGAGGACCAAGUCAUGGCGCGUGACCCCAUCAAAGGUCAAACGGGCUAACUCCAUGGACGGCGCCGCCUUCCCUCCUCUCACAUCCCAUCACCAUGGCGGCAGCAGUGGCGCCAUGAUGAUGCCGAGGAUAUCCAAGGGCAACGGCAGCAGCAGCAAUGUGAGGAAGGGGAUGAUGGCGUUUUUCGAAACUUUCCGGAACAAACAGGCCGCCACCUCCUAAUGAUGGGGGCGGGACCAUCAGAGACAUGUGACAGCAGAGACCACCGGUCCUCCUGGACUAAAUGUUCGCCAAGACCGCGACUCUGUGACUGACAGAACUCUGUGUCGGCGUGGCUCUGAUGGUCCGACUGGCCGAUGAUGCCGCCUUUACAUCACCAGCGACGCCCUGGAGACCGCAGUCGCCUGGCCUCCUGUUUAUUGGAUCAUAAAUAUACCUGUUUGAAUUAAUUGUUCGUCUCACCUGUUGCUGCAACGCCAUUGGUUAUCUUAUCUUAGCAAUGGCGUUGCUAGCUACCUGACUGCAGGUCGCGUAGCAUGAAUGGACCGAGCAGGCCGUGAAGGACCAGACCAGGAACACCGAACGACUACUGGACCUGCAGACAAGUCACACCUGAGUGGAUCCAAGCAGUCCAUCAGCAGAGGGCUGAUCAGUCCGCCAACACCUGGAUUACCUGUCACCAGGUACCUGAACACAUGACAGAUCAGCUGAGCUGUGGAGGAUCAUCUGAGCCAAAGACGACUCAGGA